GUCAGCCUUUAAUACUGUUCCAGGAUCAGCCGUUCGGGUACCGAGUCCACGUUUGUAAAGGAGGAGACAAGACAAUAAACUGACCUGAAGCCUACUAUAGCGUUGAUACGGGUCAUAAACCGAAACUGUCAGGAUACCGUUCGGUGUUUAUUGAUCUCGCUCAACACAGUGACAAGUGUCGCUCGAUGGUCCAAUGUUUGAACUCUGUUGCUGUUUUACGUUUUUCAGUGACGCAAAUUUAUAAGCGUUGUAGACAGCUGUUGACAUUGAAUCUGUGCCUUUGGUGACACCACGGUAGCUAACAGUUUGAGCUUUCCCUCGCUGAAUGCAAAGCUCUAGGUCCUUUUAUGUGCGGUAAUAACAUGUCAGCGCCGCUGCCAGCGAUAGUGCCCGCCGCGCGUAAAGCAACGGCUGCGGUGAUCUUUCUCCAUGGCCUGGGAGACACAGGGCAUGGAUGGGCCGAAGCUAUGGCGGGGAUCAGGACCCCUCAUGUCAAGUACAUUUGCCCUCAUGCACCAGUCAUGCCCGUCACCCUCAACAUGAACAUGGCGAUGCCAUCCUGGUUUGACAUAAUUGGACUCCGUCCAGAUGCAGAGGAGGAUGAAUCAGGAAUUAAAAAAGCUGCUGAAAGCAUCAAAGCACUGAUUGAUCAAGAGGUUAAGAACGGCAUUCCUUCUCAUAGGAUCGUUCUUGGAGGAUUCUCUCAGGGUGGUGCACUCUCUCUCUACACCGCUUUAACGACUCAUCAGAAGUUGGCAGGUGUGGUCGCGCUCAGCUGUUGGUUACCGCUCAGGAAUUCCCUCUCACAGUCAGUGAUGAGCAAUAAUAAGGACAUACCGGUGCUACAGUGUCACGGUGAAGCAGAUCCGCUGGUUCCUCUUGUCUUUGGCUGUCUCACUGUAGAGAAACUCAAAACAAUGCUUAACCCUGCCAAUAUCACCUUCAAAACAUAUCCCAGGAUGCCUCACAGCUCAUGUCCUGAGGAAAUGAUGGACAUCAAACAGUUUAUUGAGAAGCAACUCCCCCCAAUUAAUUAAUCGAUAACUCGUAAUUGGCCAUGCGACUCGAUCAUUGACUGUUUCAAGCUGCUACGUCUUCAUCUGACUGAAUUCAGCCCAACACCUCCAAACCCAGCUGAAACUAAGAGAGUAUUAAAACCUCAGAGGUUAGGACAGUUUAAUUGGCACUGUACUGACAUAAACUAGUAUCAUUAAGUCUAUAGAAGACUCUGAAUUGCACGAUAAUGCCAUAGUAACCGAUUUAACAUUGCAAUGUCCUACUCAGGCUAUUGAUUGAUUGAUGUGUAUUUUAAAAUAGGUUUCCACGGCUACUGCAAGGCUCAUUUUCCCUUUGGUUAACACUAUGGCAUUAAGUGAUGUAAAAACCCAUGUGACCACUGAAUAUUGUGUACUUGGGUUAAAGGGCUCCACGUAUUGAGUUGGAAUAUAAUAAAAUUGUGAAUACCAGCAUCGAUUAGUC